GCACCCACUCCCACUUGCACCUCCGGGGCCGUUUGCAUGUGGGGUACCGCCUGCGGAUUGCCUAUCUCGGAGCUCAGCGCUAUCGCGAUUAUGCGACACCUGAAGCAGUAUCACCACGCUGAGCUGCACCCGUUAUGUCUUCGCAUUCGCAGUGUAUGCCAGUGGAGGACGAGCAAUGGUAGUCCGUGUGGUAAUCCGCUUCUCACAAGGAAUCUGGGCAAGCAUAUUGCCACUGUGCAUCUGCGCGCCACGACCAUGACUUGCCCCGGCUGCGGAUGGGUGUUCACCAGGCCCGACUCCUUGAAGUGCCAUCUCCGGAACGGCUGCAAGCGCGGAUAA